AGGCGCGAGUUGUGAAUGUAGCGUUUUGCGCCAAAGUUACACCGGUGUGGAGUCCUCUGUUUAGGCGGCGAGCGGUAAACCUAGCUAGCAAGUAUGAUUGGAAUUCAGCAGCUGAAUUUGGAAAAUCGGGAGAGAUGCCGAGCUGUUUUAGAUGGGCCUCAAACAAAAGACUCCAUCACUGUGGCUGUGGAGGGAAAUAUUGGGAGUGGCAAGUCUACCUUCUUGCAAUACUUCAAAAAGUUCCCUGAAGUUGAGGUGCUUCCAGAACCAGUCAAUAAGUGGAAGGAUGUCCAAGGAUUUAACACACUGGAUCUGAUGUAUAAAGAUGCCUCCCGCUGGAGCUUGGCAUUCCAGUCCUAUGUACAACUCACCAUGGCAGAGGGCCAUAAAAAAAGCAAGAGUAAGAGUGUGAAGAUGAUGGAAAGGUCACUGUAUAGUGCCAGAAACUGCUUUGUAGAAAAUCUCUAUAAAGGUGGCCUGAUGCCUGAGGUUGACUAUGCCAUUCUGUCAGAGUUCUAUGGAUGGAUAACAACAAAUGAGGACACCAAUGUAGAUUUGAUCGUGUACUUGCGUGCAGACCCAGAAGUGUGUCAGAGCAGGAUUCGGUUGCGGAACCGACAAGAGGAGCAGGGAGUCCCAAUGGAGUAUCUAAAGUCACUUCAUGCACUACAUGAAGACUGGCUCAUAGACGAGAACAAGUUCAAGUUGCCAGCUCCUCUCCUUGUGAUUGACGCAAACAGUGACAUCAGCCAGUUGUAUACAAAGUUUGAAGAGGCAAAAGAACAGAUAUUUGCUAAAUUAUCAUGAUAAUUAAUUAAACUGUUCUUUGUUUAAAUCAGUUCAAUGUUAAAAUUACAGUACCCCAAAUGGGACCUGUUUCUUUUUCUCCCAAAUUAUGACAAGCAAUACAUCAGACAUAACACUUAUUAACAUUGAAAGGAAUAUCGUUUUACAAUGAAAUUGAAUGCUCAAUAUUUAGUUGGGGGAGAUGUUAAGAUAUUUUUAUCGUCAGAUUUUUUGUAUGUGAAAAGACCAUGCAAAAGUUGACAAUAUUUUUGAUCAUUCAUAUUUCUCUAUUUUUUGUAUUAUAUGAUAUAUAUAUUAGGUGCACUGAAGUAUUGAUUUACUGCAUUGGCAUACAAGUAUUUUUUUGAUAAUCAAAAAUCCAAGCUAAUAUCAUUAAAAAAAUUACUUAAACAUCAACAUCAUACAGCUCUUGUUUGUCACAUUUUGGGUACUGUAGUAUUAUAAUGUAAAACCUGACUAGUCCGAAUUCUUUGGUUUGUGAAAAAUGUGACGCAGUGGUACCACUACCUCCUUCAUAGUCUGGACAGACCUAUGACGAUUUUCCAAAAAAAAUAAACAUACAGUAAUAGUUUUAUGGAAAAUGACCUGUGUAAUGUGACAUUAUUGAGGUUCUACUGUAUAUAUAUGCAUGAUAUUAAAUUGUGCUUAAACUUUUAAUAUUUAUUUACUACAGUCCAUAAUGCAACACCGCUUUUUAUAUUAGGGCUGUUCCAUAAUUAUAUAGUGGUGGGGGAGGGGAGCACAUGGUCUGCUUACCAUACCUUAUAUUAAAUUACUUAAUAUUUGAUGGGUGUUGGGAUUUCUAAAAAGAGUGCCUUAUACCCCUCCCAUAUAUAUGGUUAUUUCUGGAACAGCCUGUAUCAAUAUUUAAUCCAUUCUGAAUCUCCUUUUUCAAAUGCAAGAAGUUGGUUUUAUUGUUUAUUUUGAAGUUCAUUUUUUAAGAGUCCAUGUUAAAAAACACAUGUACAUGUAUAUCAUUAUCCAUAAAAAUUUACAGGUUGACAAUUUUAUGUUAACUUUUAUUUUUUACUUCCUCAAUCUUUUCUGAAUGGGACAUGUUAGUUUUAUCAAUUUAAUUACCUGUUAAUUUGGAUUACUGCUGAUUUUUUGCAAAGAUUUUACUCUUCAAAAGAUAUAGAGCAUUUUAUGGUUAUUUUUCAUGUAUCAAAGAAGUUAUCUAAUGUGAAAAGAUCUGAUGAGGUCUCUUAAAUAUCAGUUUUCCUUGUUUUAUUUCAUGGAUAAUUUGAUGUUAAAUGAAAUUGUUGCACACAUUUUUUUUGGUAAAUUCUGUUAAUUUACUGCUUUCAAAAGUGCUCUUAUAAGAAAUAACACCAGAAGGAAAUGAAAUAAAGAGAGAAGGUAUUGUGUAUACCAGGUACAUAUGCAAAUAAGAAACAAUGAUCGACUCGGAUAUAUUCUGUGAAUAUAUUGUAUAUAUUGAUUCUGUUUUAUAGAUAAAUUUGUCUGUCUACAUGUACAUUGUAGUGCUAUUAGAUAACUUUUAUGUAUAUGAAUGUAGCAUUUUAGUUGUUACAGUAUUUUAUUUUUAUUUACAAUGACGAAAACAUGCAUAUCAUCUGUUAUGCAACCACUUUUCAUUCUUCCCAACCAUUUUUACAAUGUUAUUUAACUGUAUUAAGCGACCAUCUGAAUAACGCAACCAGCGACCAGCAAAUUCUGACCCCAAAUAUUACGUUAAACGACCACAUUUGAAACAUUUUUAGCGAUCAUGUAAAUAUAUGUGAUACCAUGUCAUGUUAUGAACCUCCUUUUCCAGGAGAGAAGUAUUCAGCCUGUUUAACACCUCAUCAGUGGUAUAAAUAUGUUCUUGGUCAAAUGGUUUACAACACAAUGGAAAGGGUACAGGUUAUGAUAUCACUUAGGAUUUUGAAGUAUUAAUCCUCAUCUGUACUACCGGAUUGGACUAGAGGUUUUUACUCUGCUCAUCCCCCUUCAGUGAGUCACCCUGUCCAGGGUAUACUGUAUUUGAUAUACCCCGUCACCUGUAAUUACCAAAUUUAGUAUGUUAGCAUCUUUCAGGAAGGGGGAGUGUCGCAUACUAAUCAGGUUUCAUGCUCCACUAUAUGAAGAGUUAUGGCCCUUUUGUUUAUUUUGCUCUGAUUUGUCCGGGGCUUAUCUCAUAUUCUCUAUCAGUGACUCAACAAAUUUUGCAUGCAAAUAUCUUUCGGGAUAGGAGAGUAUCUUUUACUACAAUCUGAUCUUGUGUUCAACUUUAUAAAGUCGGGGUCCUUUGUUAGUUUUUGAUACCAUAUUUCGUCUGGAUGUUAGGAAAAUGCAUUUUUUGGUAAAUGUACAUGUAAUACUGAAGGAUUCUUUGAAAAUAAGUAAAGAAUGUAAGUAUUGAUACCACUCUGGUAGGACAAGUUCACUCGGACACAAUGAAGAUAAUCUCUGUCCAGCUUAUAUAUAAUGCUUAUAUCGCUGUAAAUUUGGUUAUUUUAGUGGCAGUGAGUCACCCUGUCCAGGGUAUACUGUAUUUGAUAUACCCCGUCACCUGUAAUUACCAAAUUUAGUAUGUUAGCAUCUUUCAGGAAGGGGGAGUGUCGCAUACUAAUCAGGUUUCAUGCUCCACUAUAUGAAGAGUUAUGGCCCUUUUGUUUAUUUUGCUCUGAUUUGUCCGGGGCUUAUCUCAUAUUCUCUAUCAGUGACUCAACAAAUUUUGCAUGCAAAUAUCUUUCGGGAUAGGAGAGUAUCUUUUACUACAAUCUGAUCUUGUGUUCAACUUUAUAAAGUCGGGGUCCUUUGUUAGUUUUUGAUACCAUAUUUCGUCUGGAUGUUAGGAAAAUGCAUUUUUUGGUAAAUGUACAUGUAAUACUGAAGGAUUCUUUGAAAAUAAGUAAAGAAUGUAAGUAUUGAUACCACUCUGGUAGGACAAGUUCACUCGGACACAAUGAAGAUAAUCUCUGUCCAGCUUAUAUAUAAUGCUUAUAUCGCUGUAAAUUUGGUUAUUUUAGUGGCAGUGAGUCACCCUGUCCAGGGUAUACUGUAUUUGAUAUACCCCGUCACCUGUAAUUACCAAAUUUAGUAUGUUAGCAUCUUUCAGGAAGGGGGAGUGUCGCAUACUAAUCAGGUUUCAUGCUCCACUAUAUGAAGAGUUAUGGCCCUUUUGUUUAUUUUGCUCUGAUUUGUCCGGGGCUUAUCUCAUAUUCUCUAUCAGUGACUCAACAAAUUUUGCAUGCAAAUAUCUUUCGGGAUAGGAGAGUAUCUUUUACUACAAUCUGAUCUUGUGUUCAACUUUAUAAAGUCGGGGUCCUUUGUUAGUUUUUGAUACCAUAUUUCGUCUGGAUGUUAGGAAAAUGCAUUUUUUGGUAAAUGUACAUGUAAUACUGAAGGAUUCUUUGAAAAUAAGUAAAGAAUGUAAGUAUUGAUACCACUCUGGUAGGACAAGUUCACUCGGACACAAUGAAGAUAAUCUCUGUCCAGCUUAUAUAUAAUGUUUAUAUCGCUGUAAAUUUGGUUAUUUUAGUGGCAAUAUUAGUUUAGAAUUUUCUUGCUAAUUUGAAAGCAUUUAAUUGUUUAACUACCAAAUAUCACAUCACUUUUUCUGCUUGUUAUAGAUAGCCUGAUGUUAAAUUAUUAUGCAUUUUGACAAUUAUGCAAAGGGUACCUUUAGCUGUGGCAUGUAAAAUACUGUUAGUACAUGUGGCGGAAGAUAGGAAUUAAUGUACAUUAUGAUUUGUUUAGUACAUUUAGUCAUAGUAUUUAAUAGGGUAUUUGAGAAAGGUUCGAGUGCGGCGAGAAAGUUUUAUUAUCGAUAUGUAUAUCCACAAUCUAAUUAAAUUAAAAUUAAUAUUAAAAUCCAGACAAUCAAUGUCUUGACGAUGCACUACAGUGAAGGAUGAACGUAAAAUGCACACGUUUUAAUUUGGUAAUACAUUUUUGGUUAGUUAAAAAAGUAUCUUUAUUUUACAAUCUUCUUCGUAGAGCCUCGUCACUUAGGCAUUUGACUAAGUUCACUUCAGGUUUUGAGGGCUGAAAAACGUCAGAAAAUACGUAUUCUGUUUAUGUCAUGUUUC